UUCAUCCUUACUUGCUCAUAUUUUCAAAGGGAGAACAAUCACUUACUUGGUUUGUUCUCCCAUAUUGUACAAAAAGUACAUUAAUUUAUAAUAAAUCCAUCAUUCAACAUGGGCAAUUGUGCUGGCAACCCUAAGACCCACGAAAGCGACGCUCCAGUGCCCGUCCCAGAGCCUGUCGUCGAAGAGGUUCAGGUUGAACAACGCGCUAUAGAGACCAUCACAGAGAUAUCCCCUGAGGUUACCUCUGAUGACAAGUCUCUCGGCACAUUGCUCAAAGAGAAUGAAGAAAAGAAAGUAGAGGUUGAAGAAAAGGAAGAAAAAGCCAUUGAGGAGAAGGUUGAAGCCAAUGUUGAAGAGAAGGUUGAAACUGUGGAAGAGGCAAAGCCUAAAGCCAUUGAAGAGAAAACCGAAGCUAAGAUUGAGAACUAGGAACGUGAAACCGUUGUUAGUUUAAAACAAAUUGGGCUAUCAAUGUGAUCCUUCAAAAAUACAAAAUUAUUAUUAUGUUAUUCUUUUUUUAUUAUGGUGCUUUAAGAAAAUUUAUUCAAAUGUAAUGGAAAUUGACUAAUUAUUAAUUAAAUUUUAUUUUUAAA